CAGUAAGGUCUGGGUUUUGAUUUUCGAUCGAUUUGGUUAAUCAUGAUCACAUUAACAACAACUUAUUCAUAUCUGUUGAUUCUCUCUCUCAUUUUCUUCCAAGGCGAUGAAAGCGCCUCCAACUGCGCUCCCCUUUCCGCCUCAAGACCGAUCCCAAUCACUGCGGCAAUCGGAGAUUUGAGUUAUCAACAUCACCUUCCUCUACCAAAAUUCUCACAGAUAUUAUGUGAAAGACCUCAUCGCCAGAAUCAGACUGGUCGAUGCUUCCAUUGACAACCGCACUCUCUGCUCUUUCCCCAAUUACACUUUCUUCACCCAUUCCGAUUCUCCUUAGCCAUCAUAGCGCGCCAUAUGGUGGUUAUGUUGCCUGGCCUAUCAAUUUCAUAAGCUGCCAAUAUCCAAAUUCCUCGACCAAUUCUUCCUUUUUAACUGAGAUUAACACUCAAUGCGCCUCUAAUUCUUCCCAAUCCACAUUUGAUUAUAUCAAAGUCGGCAGGAUGAGAGCCUCGGAGGUGCCACACAUGUGCAGUGUUGAUCUGAUGGCCUUCACGUCUUGGGAAUUUAGGGAUUUAUCGCUUUCGAAAAUUCACCAAUCUCUCUUGUACGGAUUUGAACUCUACGUGUGUUCGUGGUGGUGGUGCAGCAAAAGAACAACCACAAAUUGGGAAAAAUUCACGAAUUGGUUAUUAGGAACUAAUGGGCUUCUUCUCCUGAUUCCUUUGGCAAUUCUAGUAUUUUUAAUUGCAGGGGUAAGCCUCCCAGUGACGAUUAUCAUCGGAUUAAUCGGUGUAUUAGUACUCUCAUUGACUACCUUUCCGGAGGACUGGCCAUACUACUUCACUUACUAUUUAUUUCCUAAUGGAGUUCGAAUCGGAUCUGAUUUCAUAAUCAUUGUUUGUUUUACUGCAGCAGUAAACAUCCUUGUCGCAAUCACAGUGGGAUUUUCCGGUGCUUUGGUUCUGUCAUUUGUUUUGAUGGAAAACUUUACCUAUUCAUUUGGAGUGGGUGUGGCACCUAAAUUCAUAUUCACUGGUGUCAUCUCAAGUACAAUCAUAUGUGCACCAAGGAUCAUCAUUGGUCCUUUCGCUGUGUGGUUUCUGAUUUACAAAUUCUGAAGAAGGCAUUAUUCCACAUAUGAUGCUAUAGAAAGCUACCUACAAGGCGAUAACAAACUCGUGCCAAUAAGGUACUCGUAUUCGGAUCUGAAAAGGAUGACUAAAGGUUUCCAAGAAAAACUGGGUGAAGGAGGCUACGGUUCUGUUUACAAAGGGAAGCUCCGAAGUGGCCUUCAUGUAGCCGUCAAACUGUUGGAGAAAUCCGGAGGAAAUGGGAAAGUCUUCAUGAAUGAAAUAGCUACUAUUGGAAGGAUACAACAUGUCAAUGUAGUGACGUUGGUGGGAUAUUGUGCACAAGGCUCCAAGCGUGCCCUUGUCUAUGAUUUCAUGCCAAAUGGUUCCCUCGAAAAGUACCUUUUUAAUCGACAAGAAAAGAGUUUGAUAUGGAGUUAAAGGCGGAAGUAAAACAAGAACUGGAAUUCAAUAUAAAAGAAGAACAAUCCUCCAAAGAGGCAAAGAUAAUCCUCCGAAGAGGCCUACGGUUGAUACCGUCCUAAUACACUUUAUUUUCCGAGAUAUCUAGCUCUUUUAAAGAGGAGCUAUUUAUAGGGAUCAACCUAUAGAUAAACAAUGAAACAAAUCAUCAACAUUUAAAGUAAUCUUUCAACAAUCUCCAUAAUAAUGAAAAUAAUCUCAAGAGAUAAUGGAGAUCAUUAGCUUGAUCUCUAUCAAUUGUAAUCUUUCAACAAUCUCCAUAAUAAUGAAAAUAAUCUCAAGAGAUAAUGGAGAUCAUUAGCUUGAUCUCUAUCAAUUGCCUCGCUGUCAAAACAGCCUUGCCCACAAGGCUGGAGUUGAAACAUAAACACAUUGCUUUGAUCGGUGGAGGCUCGUACUCGUGCUUUCGAAAAGAACUCACAUUGCCGAACAAGAGAAAAUGACCAACAACAUUAAUGCAUUGCUUGGGUAUCCUUGUUGUUGGGCUUGCUAGUAGCCAUUCAUACUCAAGAUGUUUGGUAGUCAUAUGCAUCACAAAGGUACACCAACAACUAGCUUCAGUGUAUUCACAUGUGGAAUUGGGAGAGGAAAACAUGAGCGAAGAGAGAUGGCCAGCCCCAACUGGAUGUAAAGUGAGGGGCGGAGAGAGUGCAAGCAGAUGAAAUGGAUGGUGAAAGUGCAACAUUAGGUUGGGUGAUGGACAACUUAUGGAGAUGCUGAUUUGCAGGGAUGGAUGGUGCAUCCAAACAUGGGAGAGUCACUGGUUGCUGGACUGGUUGUAUCUCCUGCACAAGGGGGCUGGUUGGGGGAGGGAUUAGGUGCAAGAGGAAGUAGGGGCGGCGUUGGCUCAGUGUUGAAGUUGUGGGACUUGGUAUUGUUGGUGUGAGAUAAAGGUUGAUCAUCUAAAGUGAAUGCGAUCUGUUGCCUGCGCUCCCGAAUGAAGCCACGAGACUGCAGAUCCUGCAAGAAUGGUGCCAAGGCAUCAUUGAUACAGUUAGAGAUCCGGGCUUCGAAUGUGCUCAUUUGCACUUUGAUGUUCGCGACCGCAUUCUCCAAUCUGUCAAGACGUUCGUCAGUGCUCUGAGUGUUCACCAUGAUGCGAUCCACGUUCGCCGCACCAAAUUGAUAUGGAGUUAAAGGCGGAAGUAAAACAAGAACUGAAAUUCAAUAUAAAAGAAGAACAAUCCUCCAAAGAGGACAAGAUAAUCCUCCGAAGAGGCCUACGGUUAAUACCGUCCUAAUACACUUUAUUUUCCGAGAUAUCUAGCUCUUCUAAAGAGGAGCUAUUUAUAGGGAUCAACCUAUAGAUAAACAAUGAAACAAAUCCUCAACAUUUAAAGUAAUCUUUCAACAAUCUCCAUAAUAAUGAAAAUAAUCUCAAGAGAUAAUGGAGAUCAUUAGCUUGAUCUCUAUCAAUUGUAAUCUUUCAACAAUCUCCAUAAUAAUGAAAAUAAUCUCAAGAGAUAAUGGAGAUCAUUAGCUUGAUCUCUAUCAGAGUUCCUUAAAUUGGGACACUAAGUUUGAGAUUGCAGUAGGAGCUGCUCGAGGGAUUGAGUAUUUACACCAAGGGUGUGAUGUUCAGAUCUUACAUUUCGACAUCAAACUUCAUAAUAUACUUCUUGAUGAUAAGUUUGUACCCAAAAUAUCUGAUUUUGGGCUGGCAAAGUUUUUCUCCACAGAUAAGAAGGAAGUGACUAUGACGGCUGCCAGAGGAACCAUAGGGUAUGUUGCUCCAGAACUGAUCAGUAGGAGUAUUGGGGAAGUGUCGUACAAGGCUGAUGUGUAUAGUUUCGAGAUGUUGCUGGUGGAAAUGGUGAACUUAAAGAGAGACUUGGUAGGAAUCAUUGAUGAUCCGAAUCGGUAUUUUCCAAAUUGGAUUUAUGAGUGAAUUAACCAAAGCAAAGAAAUUGAAAUGUUGAAAGCUAUUGAAGAUGUCGACUACGAUGAUGAUGGGAUUAGGGGUAUUGUUCUAAAGAUGACGAUAGUUGCAUUGUGGUGCAUACAAAUGAAAAUGAUCGUCCAUCAAUGAGUAUGGUAUUGGAAAUGUUGGAAGGUGAUGUUCAACGUCUACAUAUUCCUAAGUAUCCGUCCCAAUCCAGCCAUAUUGUACUAAAUGUUGAUCAAACUGAGAUUUCACAUUCCACUACUUCUAUAUAUAAGCUUCAUUAUGGUGCU